AUGCACAUGGUCUCCCUCGCAAGGGGCGAACCGACAUCAGCUCUCCAAGAACUUGCGCCCAUGCUAGGAGGACCUGUUCUGCCCGCCACAUCAGAACUUCGCCAACACGCUGAGUCUGUCUCACUCCCGCACAUUCGUUCACUCUGGCCCGGCCCAUAUGAACUCUCACCGCCGCUUCGCACGCAGAGCAAUAAUCACUUCGCCCCUGCAACACUAAAACGAAAAGCUUCCCAGACUCCGCUGCCUGACGAGCAUGCAGCCAAGAAACAGUCGAAAUGGACACCGGAAGAGGACAAUCUGAUCAUCCAACUGCGGGGUCAAGGAAUUAAGUGGGACGACAUUGCGAAAGAUCUGCCGGGAAGAAGCUCCAUCUCCUGCCGACUGCGGUACCAGAACUACCUCGAGAAGCGAGCCAUCUGGGACGAGGAGAAGAAGAACAGAUUCGCAAAAUGCUACGAGCGCCUCAAGGAACAAAUGUGGAAGCAAGUAGCUACACAGAUGAACAUUCCCUGGCGGUCCGCUGAGUGGAUGCACUGGCAGCUGGGAGAGCAGGAGAUGGGCGCGCGCGCAAAGGCACCAGUACUCCAGCCUCACCCAUCUACUAACAGUACAGGCAUGAGCUCGUCAGCCCAAGCGCCCGUUGUACCUGCCUCUACCCCGUAUGGCUUUACGCCUUUCAACUCCCCUCAAUCGACGCCGCAGCUGUGCCAGGUGCCUCCGCCAACGUCUCAAGGACUCCCGGCGCAUGGUCCCCGGCGGAAUGAUAGUGGCUCCAGCGCGGGCGGACGAACAAGCCUCAGAAGUCUGGACCCUCGAUCUUUUUCAAGCGUUACUCCUCCAAAAAUCGAGCUACAGUUUGAUGAAGACUUCGGUGGGAUAGCACCAGUGCCGGAGAUGCAAUCGGUCAUCAAGCGAGAGAUGGAGAACCCCAACUAUACGGAGACUUACCAUGUGAGAGAACAAAAAGACAAGGCUGCAGUUUUUCCGCAAUUGGAACACGAGACAGGGUGUCGAGGUGCGAGGAGUCUCGACGGGAUAUCGCAGCGCAGCGCAACCGGAAGCAGCAAGAGCAUCAAACGCGAGCCAGAGGAAACCGGACGAAAAGCCGCAGUACCUUCCGCGACCCAGAUGUGCGAGUUUACUGUCCGGGGUGGUACAAAGUUGGAACCGGACUCGUGA